UAUCCUAAGUGGCAGUCUUUUCGUAAACGCGGUUAAACGAGACUACAGCGAAAAACGAUUACUCGUAGAAGGAAAGCGAGUAUCUAAUCCUUGGCAGUGCGAGUCAAUAUUAUCAGCCGACGUUAAUUCCCGUUCGAUGUAGAUUCACGUUUCGAAUAUAGAGGAACCACUACCAUACUUAAACUCUAUGUUUUAUGUUUUUUUUUUUUUAAGUCUCCGUCAACAUGAACGUACUGUUAAGCCACCUAAAUUUAAUACGAUGUUCUCUUUAGGAUUCGUCGGAAUAAUGACGACUAUUCAAAAUUAGUUGGAUUAUGAGUGGAUUAUUUUAUAGGUUAUGUUUAUAUUGUUGUCAUUGUCGAAGCUGUAGCAACUGGAGAAAGUUCUUAAGUGGUUCUUAAAUAUUUUGAAAUAUGGCAGCGAGGAGUUAUUUUGCCUGGUUGUUAUUAAAGAAGGAGCAGCCACAAGAUCGCAGCUACACGAGGGUCCGCGCCAAAGCCCGAGCUUCAAGCAAUCCUUUAAAAUAUUUGUCCGACAACGAAUUUAAAAAUAGAUAUCGUCUUAGUAAAAUUUCUUUUAAGCGGCUGUGCAUGGACUUAAGGCGGCAUGGUGGUCUAAGGUCGACCCAAAGGGUCAAACUCGAGGAAAAGGUGCUCACAGCGCUUUUAUUUUUUGCGACUGGUUCCUACCAGAGGAUUGUAGGAGUUGCAAAAAAUUUAUCGCAAAAGAUGUGCAGUGUGUAUAUAGAGGAGGUAACACAAGCAUUGAUAUGCAAAAAUAUGCUGAAUAAGUAUAUUAACUUCCCUGAUACUCCAGCUGCCAGGAGGGAAAUAAGCCAAAGGUUCUAUACAAAGUAUGGAGUACCUGGAGUGAUUGGUUGUGUAGAUGGCAGCCAUUUCAGGAUAUUUGGGCCUCCCAAGGAAGAAGAACACAGUUACUACUGCCGCAAACACUACCACUCUUUGAAUGUGCAAAUGAUUUGUGACGAUAACUACCGCAUUUUAAAUGUAAACGCUAAGUUUGGGGGUGCUAACCACGACGCAUUUAUAUGGGAGAAUAGUAAUAUUAACCCAUAUAUGCAGUCAUUGCAUGAAAAUGGGGAGAAAGUGUGGCUGUUAGGAGACUCGGGGUAUCCACAGCGCCCAUGGCUUAUGACCCCUAUACUAAAUGCGGCUUCAAAUACACCAGAAGCACAGUACAACGAAAAGCAAAUGCGGGCCAGAGUGGUAAUUGAAAAUGUAUUUGGCAAGUUGAAAAAUAGGUGGCGAUGCUGCAAUAAGGACCGAACAUUGCACUACAAACCACUAAAAUGUGCACAAAUUAUACAAGCAUGCUGUGUGCUGCACAAUUUUUGUAUCAAGCAUGGAAUGGCAGACAUGGAGGAUUUAAUACCUGCAGAAGACGAUGUGGAAGAAGAAGAUAAUGAAGAUCUCAAUGUUGGAGAGACAGAGAGAGGUGGAGCAACACAGAACACUACAGAUUUAAUAAGAGGAAGAAUUAUGCGAGAUCAACUAGUUAGGAGAAUGUGUUAAGCUCUCCGUGAUGGGCUCCGGCGUCGAGACCGGCUGGGAGCAACAUGGGUUCUUGUUUGGGGCGUUGUUUGCCCCGAACGCGCCGGCUGCUCAAUUUGUUCAGUAUCAGCACCUAAUAAAUAAUUUUUAAAUAAG